CUCCCUAACCUGGGGACUGCCUUCCGUCCUCGCCCGCUGCGCGGGGCCUUACGUGAGCCCCUCACCUGGGGACCGCAUUCCGGUUGGCCCCUACCGGGAUCGGCCUGGAGAUAAAGUACAGCAAUGGCUGCAGUUUAUUCUGGCAUUUCCCUUAAGCUUAAAAGCAAGACAACUUCCUGGGAAGAUAAACUGAAGCUGGCUCACUUUGCUUGGAUUUCCCACCAGUGUGUUCUUCCAAAUAAAGAACAAGUAUUACUUGAUUGGGCGAGACAGUCAUUAGUUGCGUUUUAUAAGAAAAAACUUGAAUUGAAGGAAGACAUUGUUGAAAGGCUUUGGAUCUAUAUAGAUAACAUUCUGCAUAGCAAAAAACUGCAGAACCUCCUCAAGAAUGGAAAGACUAUUAACCUCCAGAUUUCCCUUGUCAAGAUCAUAAAUGAGAGAAUAGCCGAGUUCUCUCUUUCUGGAUCCCAAAGAAACAUCUGUGCCGUGCUCAGCUGCUGCCAGGGCAUCCUCUCGACGCCUGCCCUUGCUGUCAUCUACACGGCCAGACAGGAGCUGAUGGUGGCCUUGCUGAGCCAGCUGUGCCGGUCAGCCUGCAGGAAGCCAGAAGGAGCUGUGGUGGCCCUGUUAUUCGAGGUCAUUCAUUUGGCCCUUGGCCAUUACCUCUUGAUCCAACAGCAGCAGGUCAACCCAAGGCGUGCCUUUGGAGAGGUGACUGGGCAUCUGCUCCAGCCCUGCCUGGUCCUAAGGCACCUACUCUCGGGGGGCACGUGGACACAGGCCGGCCAGGGCCAGCUGCGACAGGCGCUGAGCCGAGACCUUAGGAGUCAGAUUGAGGCCAUGCUUCGAGGUGGAGCUUUUCAGCCCGAGCUGCUCUCCUCCUACAAAGAGGAGCUCUUGGACCAGCAGCAGGAUGACACAAAGAUGGGGGCCAUGAAGACUCUUCUGGCUCCCAUGGACACUGUGAUUGCCAGGCUGGUGGAUGCUGGCUACUGCGAACCACCCCUUCAUGCUGCUGUCGUGGCCAACUCUGUGGCCUUGCUGUACAAACUCUUUCUAGAUUCAUACCUCAAGGAGGGGAAUCAGCUUCUCUGCUUCCAGGUGCUUCCCAGGCUGUUUGGCUGCUUGAGGAUUUCCCACCUGCAGGAGGAGCAGCUGCAAGCCCUGUCCACAUCGGACUGGACCACAGAACUGCUGGUUGUGGAGCAGCUGCUAAACUCCGUGGCAAACAACAACAUCUACAACAUCGCGGCCGACAGGAUCCGGCACGGAGAGGCUCAGUUCUGCUUCUACCGCCGUGUGGCCGAGCUGCUGAUAAACCAUUCACAGGCCUCGGUGCCAGCCUGGUUCCGCUGCCUCAAGGUGUUGAUGUCUCUGAAUCAUUUGAUCCUGGAGCCAGACCUGGAUGACUUGUUGGCCUCAGCAUGGAUUGAUGCAGAUGUAAUAGAGUUUCGAACCAAAAAGGCCCAGGAGGCCCUUGUUCACACUCUGUUCCAGACGUAUGUUAAACUCCGACAAGUGCCACAAUUGUUUGAGGAGAUUUUGGGGGUGAUCUGCCGUCCGGCUGCUGAAGCGCUGAGGCAGCCAGUGCUGGCCGCGGGCCCCUCCACGGUGCUCUGUGAGUGCCUCCUGGAGUUGCCUCUAAGUCAAAUCUUGGACACAUGGUCCCUUGUGCUGGAGAAGUUCCAGUCUUUGGUCUUGCCUUAUUUGCAGGGCGAUGCUGACAUGGCCUUGAAGGCGCUGUCCCUGAGCUCAGUGCUGCACUGCGUCAUGUUCAAUAUGAGGAGCCUGGACAGCAGCUCACCUCUGCCCGUCAUCAGACGGAUGCAGGGCACAAUGGAGAGGAUGCUCCGAGAGCUCGUAAAGCCCCUGCUGGACCUUCUGUUGGAGCCCCCGGGCCCAGAGCUGGAGCUGUGGCUGCAGAAGGUCAGUGACUCUGCGCUGCUGCUCUCUCACACCUGGGCCCAGGUUGACACCAUGCUCAGUUUAAACUGUAGCCAGUAUCACGCUGUGUCUGGGGCCUUCACAGGUGUUUCUCUGGAGAUCUCGAACCUUCCUUUGUUGCUCCCAGGUGUAGAAACACACCAUUGGAAGAAGAUUGAAGAGAUUACAGUGCAGUUCCACUCACUAGGCAGGUAUUGCUUAGAACAGCUCUACCUGCAGAAAAUGAAAAGGACUCUAAUGCAAACCAGUUUCCAUUCUGAAGAAGCCCUCCAAACUUUGAGGGGUGAUGCUGCCUACAUUCUUGGUUCUGGCAGAGAAAGCUUGAGUAGGGGGACGACGGCUUCCUGGGAUGGCCAGGCUGGGACAGUGAGUGAUGUCACGUACCCUGUGGCACACUGGCACUUGAUUGUGUCGCAUCUCACAAUCUUGGUGUCCUAUCUUGGUCCAGAUGAUGUGAGAUACCUGGCUGGUAUCCUCUUGAGCACUUUGCCAAUGAAUAAAGCCCAGGAAGGCUCAGCAGACGAAGAGCCGAACUUUACACUUGAAAAAAUAUCUGAGGCCUUGCUUCACAGCCCUCUCUUCCCAGAAAUGCAGUCCCUUUACUCUGCUUUCUUAAUGUGCCUAACUGAGAGGUGUACUAGCAUUCUGCGUUCCGGGGCCCACAGUGACCUGAGGCUUCUCAGUCAGCAGCUGCCCUGGCUUUUUGAAAAGGACCCCAUGGGUGUGGCUCAUUGGGAAACCAGAUUUGCCAAAGUUGGACCUGAAGGUACAGAACCAAGAGGAGAAAUUGCCCAGAACUUAUUAUCCUUGGUCAAGAGUGACUUCCCCAUUGAGCUGGAGGAAGAGCAGCUGGAGAGCAUCCUGGGGCUUCUGGAAGUCGUUUCUACUCUACAGUUGGACAGCCUCAUGGCUCCCUAUCACGUACACUGCUUCCUUCUAUUGCUGUCCUUGGCUAUCACCAAGCUGGGGAGCUCUUGCUCCUCCUCACUGACCCUAAAGUUUCUGAUGACUUGCUACAGGCUUCUUGGUUACCUGCAAAGAGGGAGAAGUGCCCGCUCAGUGCUCAAGGUCAUGUACGUCAGUGAUAUUUUUGAAAUCAUGCUGACCUCAUUGUUCAGGGCCAGUAGUGGGUUUCUUAUUGAUGGGGAUGACCCCUCUUGGUUGGAACUCCUCCAAGUAAUGGGGACAUUCUUAGAACAGCUAAUGCAGAUGCUUGUCCAGAUGAAGCUCAGCUUGGUGCUCAAUUUUGGGAAAAUUAUUGCGUUCCUCUCAAGGUGCAGAGUGUAUACUGAAGCAACUUCAGGCAAACAGCUGAAGAAUCAGAAUCCUCUGGGCCGGCAGCUCCUUCUGGUGUCUUUGACCAAGUUGUGCCAAGUCCUGGGGCCUUUUGUCAGGGAGCGGAAGCAGCAGCACGAGGCUCCCGAGGCGCUGCCGGGGCUGUUGCAGCAGGCGGUGCUGCAGACGGGCGCCGAGCUCCAGCUCUGCGUGGCUCCCGGGGCGCGGGGCCGCCUGCCCCCCACCUUCAUCUCAUCAGCCAGCACGCUGCUGGAGGCAGACGUGGGCCAGCACUCCAGGCCCCAGGGGACAGAGAUUUCUCAAGGGACGGACAACAUGCAGCUCGCCCACCGUGCCCUGUACCAGAGGGUUUACUCUCAAGUGCUGGCGGAGCUGCCGGCUCUAGCAGGAGACACGCAGUCUUUCCAGGCAGCUGUGCGGUUUUUAACUCUCUUCUUUUUGGCCCCAGAACUACACCCCAAGAAGGAUUCUGUUUUUACCUCCGUGUUUCAUUCUGUGAGAAAAGUUCUCGCAGAUCCUGCAGUUCCAGCCCAGGUACUUCGGGAUAUCGAGCCUCACUUGGGAGCCUUGUUCACCCACAUGUUAGAGGUCGGGACGACAGAGGACUUCAGGACGAUGAUGCGGUGUGUCCUCCAAGGACUGGGUGUCAGGAACGCGUGGAAAGCAGAGCCGCCGGCCAUUUCGUCGGCUGUCACAUGGAUCAAGUUGCUACUGAACUGCUCACUCAGUGGGGAGAAAGCAAGUCUCUUCUGGGGUGUGUGCCCCCAGAUAGUCACGGCUCUGACUCUGCGAAACCGAGAGGCUUGUCAGGAGCAGCCUGUGCCCUUGGCGGUGGUCGAGCCCGUCUUGGACGUCCUGGCUGCACUGCUGCGGCACGGGGAGGAGGUCAUCAGCAACCCUCACCACGUCAGCCUGGCCUUCAGCAUCCUGCUGACCGUGCCCUUGGACCACCUGAAGGCGCCCGCCUACGGGAGCGUCUUCUCGCGGGUGCACAACGUGCUCUUCUCAAUCCUGCAGUGUCACCCGAAGGUAAUGCUGAAAGCCAUCCCUUCUUUCUUGAACUGUUUCAAUAGGUUGGUGUCUUCAGUGAUGCAUGAAGGACGGCAAAAAGAUAAAGGAAGCACAGACGACCUGCCGGUGUUCCUGGAGUGUGCCCGCCUGGUGGAGAGGAUGUAUAGCCACAUCGCAGCCCAGGCUGAAGAGUUCACGGUGUUCUCCCCCUUCAUGGUGGCCCAGUAUGUGGCGGAGGUGCAGAAGGUCACCCUGAUCCCGGCGGUGAAAGGCCAUCUGCAGGAGGGCAUCUACCUCAUCCUAGACCUCUGCAUCGAGCCGGACAUCCAGUUCCUGCGGGCCUCGCUGCCGCCAGGGGUCCGAGAUGUCUUUAAGGAGCUGCACAGCGACUACGUGAAGUACCACAGGGCGAGGCACGAGGGCGAGAAGAGGUACGCCGCCUGAGGCGCCCCCCGUGGUCUGCUGACCCGGCGAGUGGAGGACUGCAGAUGUUGUCACGACGGGAAAUACAUGCAAGUCCUCUUGGGAUUGUCUAAUAGUCAUACUGGAUUUUACAGCCAUGUUUUCAACACUGAGUAUUUUUUUAACAUAUCUUUUUAUGAAAUACG